AUGGCGGCGAUGACCUCGUCGGCCUCAUCCUUGCUGGUUGGUGAGGGAAGACCACCUGAUCCAAUAGCAGGGAGUCUACGCCCACUUGAGGUGUCAUCCUCGUCGGACGAGAAAAAAGAUAGAGAAUCGCAACACCCAAAAAAGCGUGUACUUCAGCUAGAGUUGAUUAAUGAUCAGAAUUUGAGAUACGAGGUUAUAGUGGAGGAUAUAAUGGAAGACGAGAUGAGGCGGAGGAAGACGGCGGGACUACUGGUGCAACGGACCCAAAACCUCAGGAUGGCUCAGGAUCCAACCCUACACAGUUUCAACGGGCUCCGGCUUGGGGGCGAGGAAGAAGAAACUUUUUGCCGAGGAUGUCAAGGAAACUAA